CUCUCACCGUAUCAUCUCCCAUCACCUGCGGACUACCAUUUCUUCCUUUACUCGUGGCUAUUUUCCACUUUCUCAGAAAAACACUACAGCUCGUUCGACUAGUUUUUCCCCCACUAGCUCGCCUCUCCCUCUAUCCAGAUAAAAAGCACACCAAAAACCCCUCUGAUAAUAAAUGCUUACAGCGUACAAGUUAAAAAAAAAAAGCAAUCCGAACGAAAAAGUCUAUCUUUCUAUUUUAUUUAAGAGACGCUUGCCCGUCGUUUUCAAUACCCUCAGCUCAUAGGAAGAGGCGAAGACAUGCAACCAAAACCGUCGGUUCGAAUAUCUAAACCCCAUAUAUCUCUCGCUCUGUGUCUCCCUUAUUUCCCCUUUCCCUUUCCUGUCCCGCAUAUACACCGAAAUGAAAGAAGAACACUGCCCUCAUCCCCAUCAUCAGCAUCCAAGAAGGCUCCUUCACCUCAUCUUCUCCCCUAAGCUAUUCACCAAAGCAACGGUGUAUAUCCUCCUCCUCACCCUCUCCUACGCCUUCGGCUUCUUCUCCGCUUCCACUGCCCUAACCAAACCCUCUCCUGAUUUCAAAACCCCCCGCAGACCCGACAAUUCCGACUCUCUGAACCCGAACCACGACCUCUUCCGGUUCAACACCCGGUGCGCAGACCCGGUCCCGUCCAAGUUCGUCCGUCAGACGAUCCUCGACCGGGUCUAUAACGGCACGUCCCCGUUCGAUGGCUUCCCACCUCCGCAUGCCGCCCCCCUCCUUCGUGAGAAGCGGAUCAAGGGAUGGGGCUCGACCGGCGCCGUCUUCGAGAACCUUAUCCGGAAGGUGCAGCCGCGGACGAUCGUUGAGGUCGGCACCUUCCUGGGUGCGUCGGCGAUCCACAUGGCCGAAUUGACCCGCCGACUCGGUCUGAAGACUCAGAUCCUCUGUGUCGACGACUUCCGCGGCUGGCCCGGUUUUCGCGGCAGAUUUCGGGACUUGAAGAUGGUGAACGGGGAUGUAACGCUCAUGUACCAGUUCAUGCAGAACGUGGCGCACGUUAACGCGACGGAGAUUGUGCUGCACGUGCCGCACUCGAGCGCGUCGGCCCUGGCCAAGAUGUGUGAGUGGGGCGUGUAUGCCGACCUGAUCGAGGUGGACGCGGGCCACUAUUUCCACUCAGCGUGGGCAGAUAUCAACCGUGCAUAUGCAAUCUUGAGGCCCGGCGGGGUGUUGUUCGGCCACGAUUACUUCACCGCGGAGGAUAAUAGAGGCGUGCGCCGGGCGGUCAAUCUGUUUGCUAAGGCCAAGGGGUUGAGGGUAGAAAUUGACGGAGAGCAUUGGGUCAUCGCUUCGCGUUAGGUCGGGGUCGCGUCUAAUGUGCGCUUGGGGGCGGAUGUAAAGAAAUUUAAUUUUAGUCGAAUGUAUAAUAGAUUAUACAUGGUACAUAAGAUGUAUGUGAGAUAUGAAUAAGAGGAGUAAUAAAGGAGACGGUGGCAUCGCUGGAUUGGUGUUGUCCGGAGAACACAGAACUGGUCGCCUACAACGGGCUGUAGGCUUAGUUAACCUACGAUCCGUUAUUUUGACAGACAUUUUGUAUCUGUACCCAUCCCAUAGCUUUGAAGGGCGAAAUUGGAAAUAAAAAUUUAUUGAUUUUGUGGAAAAGGAACGUACCGUACGAACGAUUUAUCGAUUGUUGGAGUGACAUUCAAAGACAAAGAGAGAGGAUUUGUACUGUGUUGCAAAUAGUCGGGAUUUGUGCCAAGCAGAGGAUCCGGAUUCGUUUUCUUUUCUUUUGCACGAGGCACUUCUCAUUUUC